AAAAAAUUAAAAGUUUUUAAGGAACGAAACGAGAAAAAAAAGCAAAAAAAUAAGAGAAAAUGUAAAAAAAUGUAAUUAUUUAAUUAUUAAGUGAAGAAAAUGUUGAUUGAAUGAUGGAAAUAUGAUGUUUAUAAGAAGCAAAAGCUGAAAGAUGUAGAUUUAUGGAGAUGAAAUUAAAAGGUAAUUUCUAAAAAUAAAAGAAUCAUUUUUGUGCAUUUAAAAAAAAGGCAUAAAAAAAGGCAACAGCAGACACAACGAGAAAGUGCACCCUACUCACUCAUUCACAACGAGUCAUAACAACAUAAAAUAGGCAUUCAUCAAACAACACGCCAAGUUUCUAAGCUGUAUUGUUGCCUCUACUUACAUCACACACAAACACAUCCCAGAGUUAAAAAUGAAACGCCGUCGAGUCCUUAAUUUUCAAGUGGCGCUCUGUACGAUCUUCUUCAUGUGUUCUUCAUUAAGCCAAUCGAUCAAUGUAAAUAAUAGACAUGCUCAACAUACAAAUAAAAAGUUUGGAAUAGCAACAACGUCGUCAACAAUAGCAAAUUUAAAUAGUCAUUUGGCGCCUUUACCGGAUACUGAUUUAUUACCAUCACUACUUGAUGACGACGAUGACGAUGAGGAUGACAAAAGUGAUGACGAAUAUAUGGGUUCACAUGAGUAUGGUUCAAGUGGCUCAAGUGGUGAUAUCAUCGGAAAUCCUGAGACAGAGGACUUGGACAAGUUCCAAGAAAGUGGUAUGCCUUUUUUUCUCAAAGAGCCUGAAAAUGACUACAUUGUGAAAAAGAAACCAGCAACAUUAACAUGCAGAACAACACAUGCAUUGAAGCUGAUUUUUAAAUGCUCGUCCAGCAUUGAACCACCCACAGCAUUCGAGUCGCAUGUUGAUCCGCAAACUGGAAUAAGUUAUUUAGAAGCAACAGCAACUAUUAAUCGUGACUUAUAUGAAACAUUUUUCGGUAGACAAUUUCAAUGCUAUUGUAUGGCAUGGAAUUCACGCGGUGAUGCCAGAAGUCGAUCAGCGGCAGUUGAAAUUGCCAAACUUGGACAAAACUUUAUAAUGGCACCGCCAAGUGCACGUAUUGAGCCGGGUUAUCAGCUCGAACUGAAAUGUACACCACCUGAAUCACUGCCUAAAGCUCGACUAACAUGGCAAAAAAAUGGUCAAGACCUUGCGUCCUCAUCAUUACUAACCAUAACAAUAGAUGGAAAUUUAAUCAUUCAUUCAACGAAAAUGGUCGAUAGUGGCAACUACACAUGUCAGGCUGAGAAUAUUGUUGGAAAGAGAAUUUCUAAUGUCGUACCUGUACUUGUACGUAGUGAAAAGAGAUGGAGUGAGUGGACGUCUUGUGGCGUCGAUUGUCGUAAGACGAGACAAAGAAAUUGCAACUCGAGAUCGCCUGAUGACUGUCAGGGAAAGGAGAUUGAGACACUCGAGUGUAGCGAUGGAAAUUGUCAAAAUCAAAAGCAAGUGCAGCCAAGAUCUGAUCGCAUCGUGUAUAUCUCAUUAAUCACACUCUCUGUCUUAUGUGUCAUUCUGGCAGCGUUAUUUGCUCAUUCAAAACGAAAGAAACCUGAAAUUCCCGAUUAUAUUGUGACAGACAAUGAAAUAUUAGAAAUUCAACCAAAGAAUGCAUACGAGGGUGGAGAGAAGCGAUAUAGACAACAGCUCUUAGAGCCGAUGAAGAAACAAUCAUACACAUACGAGUAUAAUACAAUGGCACCAGAAUAUAAUCCACAGCCGACGUAUCCGCCAAUAAAACGUCAAAUAACGCCAAAUAUUCAUGAGAAUCAUUAUCAUGAACCGCAGCUUGCCAUCACUUAUUCAGUUCCUUUUGAUAAGAUAAGCAGUAAAGUUUCAAAUUCUAAUACAUCAUCGACGCGUAAACUUCAAUCAGAUACAAUUUCUAGCAGCACAGAAUCAUUAAACUCAACUCAGGUCAUUGAAAUGGAAUCAUCAUCGACAACGUCAUUAUUGAAUGAUAAAAAUCAGCCUAAAUCAAAUAUGAUUGAACAAAUGGUGACAUCGAAUGGUGGCUGGCUUGAACUCGAGCAUUUAGAGACGUCACUUUCGAUACCGGAAUUGACGUUUGAGCGUACGAGGAAAUAUAAUAUAUUCCUUACCGUUCUACACAACGAAUUUAUAAAGAAUCAAAUUACGUGUAAUUUUAAUGAUAAUUCAACUCAUUUAAGCUCAAUUAUUUAUUGUGGGCCAUCUGAAGUCUUACUUAAUAAGCCCGUUAUUCUUAAAUUUCCACAUUGUGCUAAUCAAUUUGAGAAUUGGAGUAUCUCAUUACUUCAUAACAGUUGUGCUAAUGAUAGUCAAAAAACGUACAUCGAUAUGGACGAUGAGAAAGAUAAGUGGAAGAGAAUAGCAUCAACAAGUAAUGAUGUUGUUAAUCCCUUAGCUUUUAUACAAUUAGAUUCUAAGAAUGCAUUUAUCAUUUCGAGAGUUCUCGGCAAACUACUACUCAUUGGCGAGAGUAAAACGCCCGAGAUAUCUGUCGAGAAGCGAAUGAAAAUUGCUCUCUUUGGACCAAAGCAUAAAAUGCCCGUAAGUGAUUUUAACGUAAGAGUUUAUAUUAUAGAAGACUAUCGUAGCAGCAUUGAUUAUUGUACGAUCAUUGAGAAGAAUUUGGGUAAUGAUUUGUUAAUGCUCAGUAAGGACUUUCUGUUUAAAAAUAACAAAGAAGAUUUAUGGGUGCAGCUUGUGUGCUCGGGCGGAUGGCAAACGCGUAAUGAAUCUCAAAAAAUUCCUUACUCGCAUUUAUGGAAGAAUUCAUAUUUAUUACAUUGUGAUUUCCUACUCGAACGUAGUAAUAAUGCCGUUAAUAAGUUAAAUAUGGAGAUUUUUGUAAAGCAGAAGAAUGGCGAUGAUAUUUUCCUUAAUAAUCUUCUACUAUACUCAUAGACUCACUUCGUUAUUGUCAGAGAUGGUAAAUGGGUGACUGUAAAUAAAUGAUUGACCUAAAUUGAUACCUAGUCUUUACUUAAGACUUAGAUUUUGAAUUAUAUUGAUCUGUUCUUGAUCUGUUGUUUAGAUCAUGACUUUGAUUGAUAUAUUCUUGACCUAGGAUCUAAAUCCAAACAGAAACUAGAGAACUUUGAAUUUUAAAGCUAAUUUUGAUCGAGAAUGACUGUAAAUUGACACUCUCUGUCAAUAUGAUCUUCAAACUGAUGGAACUAAAGAUUAAAUAGCAAUUACAGAAAUGGCAUAUUCGUGUUGACAGAGUGACAACAUGACAAUUUGGUACUCAUUGUCGAUUUGAAAAGUGAAAAUUUGCUUAAACAACAUAUUUUAUAUUCCUAGGUUUUGUAUUGGACUUAGUUCAAGAUAUCUACUUAGUUCAGUCACAAUUUAGUAACAGAACAACCAAAAUUAACAACUCUGAACAUUAUCGUUUCCUCAUUGAUGCCUCGACUUAAAAUUAAUUUCGUUUUCAAUUAAAAAUUGAGUUUUUUUAUCUAUCCAUAAUUUCGUGUUUGGAAGUGAAUAGCGCGAGAAAUCAAAAUUGGAAACCUAUCGAAUUUCUUCAAUCACACACGUAAACAAGUUCUUCACUCUUUUUCUUUCGCCAGUCAGUAAAUGGAUUUUUUACACUCAAUUAUUUUUUAUUAUUAUAUUUUCAUCUUAGCUAUUUUUCUUAAAAGGCAGAAAAUAAGAGAGCCAAAAAAUGAACGAAGAUGAAGACAGUCGAAUAAGAAGAAUAUGAAUAUUUAUGUUUACACAAAAAAAAAUAUAAAUUUCAUUUGCAUUUAAUUUAUGUGAGUCAUUAGGUCUCUUCGUUCGUUUUUGUUGGAAAUAAAAUUGAUUACAGGAAAAUAAUGAAGUUCAAAUUUCUUUCGAACAUUACUGAUGAAAAGUAUUAAUUUGUUAUCUGUGGGAGUUUGAGGUUGUUUGAAAAUGGUUAAUCGAAAACGAAUAAAUAUAAAUUAUGACUCUAAGCGUUGCUCAAAACAGCUAUAAACGCAAGUGUUUUGUUGGAAUUGAAACGGUGUUAAAUUAAGAGAAUUAUUAAGGCCUUUAAAACACUGAAGAUUUGUGGAAUUGUAAAGGUCGUUUAUAAAUGACGUUCAUUAAAUUGUUUGAUAUUUGGAACUGAAAUCUUUAACUUAUUAUGUCCUCAAAUUAUAGCUUAACAAUACCUUUGGUAAUAAUAAACAUCAAUAAAAAUAAGAAGUUUGAAUAUUUCUGUAAAGAGUUUACUAAACGUU